UGAACUGCCACACCCUCUCAUUCUCUCUCUAACAAGCUCUUGUUCAGCACAUCUAUUCCAGACACACUUUUACACUAGUGAUCAUUCAAAUCUGUCUCAGGCAUUGGAACUACAAGAUGUUGGCAACCCUUGAAACUAUUCAAUAUUUUCAAGACCUGGGCCCGAGAGAGCUGUCAUCAGGUAAUGUGGACCUUGACGUCAUUGAGGAGUACCUGCAGGAGCACUCAGUGGAGGUGAUGUCAGGAUUAUGUGUCCAACGGAGAAGUGAAGAGGAGCACAGUAUGGCAGAGAACAGCUGGUCUGGUCGCUAUACAUAUGAAUGGCAUUAUGGUGGAAUAUCAGGUACAGACGAGAGACAUGAACAACAUCAACAGCAGCAACAGACGUGGCUCUGUCAGUCCAGUCCCAGUGAAUGGGGACACUGCCAGUAUGACAGAAACCAGUGCAGUGAUUCAGACUCCCUGUCCACCAGCUCUGGUUGCCAAGAAUUUCCACCAUCUCUGACCGCAGACAGGAAGGGACAGAUUGAUUGUGAUUCCUUGGCUCUGGUGCCACUUUCAGGCAAAAGGAAAGAACGGCUCUUUCAUUUCUUGUAUGAGAUGCUACAGACACCAGAUAUGAGGAGCUGCAUUUGGUGGGUCCAGUCCAGCAAUGGCACUUUCCAGUUCUCCUCCCAGAACAAGGAGAAGCUAGCAGAGAUGUGGGGCAGACGCAAGGGCAACCGCAAGACCAUGACUUACCAGAAAAUGGCUCGAGCUUUAAGAAACUACUCACGAACUGGAGAAAUCUGCAAAGUGAAGCGAAAACUCACCUAUCAGUUCACUGAGAGAACACUGAGAGGGCUUCGGAGCAACUCACAAACAUUCAUGACUAAUUAAUGUGGCGUCCAUCCACUGAGUCAGUUUCUCUUAACUGGGAAAGUGUAAACGAAUACUGAGUAUUUGGUAGAGGAUGGUUUUGCCUCACUAACAUUCAUGUUCAUUAUGUAAUUUGGGCAUAUGUGCACUGAUUAACGCAUCCUGGUCUCAUAGAACCUUGUUACUAUGAAUAUAUUUUUGCAAAAUUAGUUAAAAGUACCUCGUUCUACGUAUCGCUGCAGUUUUCCUGGAAUAAACACUAGAGGUGCAACAACAGCACUGAGUUUUAUUUACUUUUACACAAAUCAUGACUAACACAGCAGAUUAACACUCCAUAAACACUUAUUUUCCGCCCUGUUACUCACACAAUGCUAUCUUAUGUAACUGAAACACUUUUAAAAUAACACAUGAUUUCAAAGAUGAUACACUUUAAUGCUUGCAUCAUAAAACCAACUACAUUUACAAGCUUAUUCAAGCGUGACAAAGUUGCCAACUGAUAGAGCGUUGGAAUUUGAACGUGGAAAACCGGGAAUCGAGUCCAGUAAAGCAUGAGUCGACACGUCAGCUGAAAGUGUCAUAGAAACGCCACAAAAUGACGUGGUUACUUUAGCUACUGCGUUUCUCAUCUCACAUUUGCUUUAAUGACACGAUUAGUUAGGUUUUGGUUAAUUUUUUAGGUUAGGGAGGUACUCUAGGUAGGUUAUCUUCAAUUACAACUCCAUAGAGAAUUAUCCCUAAACAAAUGAUAUUUUUUUGAGAGAACAUUUAACUUUUAGUGCCCCUCAGUGGACAUUUCACCUCAGAAUUGCAUAAGUGAAAUUAGCCAUGUAAUUUAAUUGUACAAAAAUGUUGCAACAGUCACGUAAUUUUCAUGAGAUCAGGCUGGUUAUCAAAUUGUAUUUGGUAAUUAAGACUUAAUUAGAAAAGAUGUAAUUUUGAAUAACAUGGAAUCUUAAUUAGGUCAUGUCUGAAAUGGCCCGUGAAGGAGCUGAAGGUGAUCUUUGAUAUAUGUAAAUCUGAGGAUUGUUGACUUUUACACUACUACGUUUUAUGUAGUUAUGAAUCCAUUUUGUGUGUUUGUUGUUGUUUUGAUAAAAUGUGUGCCAAGUUUUGUGCUAAUUUUGACUCUUCAAUGUAAUUCAAACACUCCUGAUGUGCCUUAAUAAAAUUAUUUUAAAUUCAAAGUUGUGCAGUUAAUAUUGCACAACUUCUGUUACACUGUAAAAAAUAAAAAGUUGAGUAAACUUAAAAAGGUAAAGCAACCAGCUGCAAAGCAUUUUUGAGUUUACUCAACUUCAGGCAAAUUAGCUGUACCUACUUAAC